AUGGCGCCCAUGCGACUUCGGGUCACAGUCCGGUUCCAAGCGAUGGCGGCUUCCCGUCGGCAAAAGCGCGCAUCAACUCUCAACGGGCCCCAAGCAGAAGCCAAAGAAACUCUUCUCGCUUCUGAAGACAGUCGAAUGCCAAGACCUGCUUAUCUUUGGGAGGAUGGAACUCCAUUCUCGUCCGUGGACCCAGACUCCCGAGUCCCGAGUCCCGACUCACUGGAGUGA